AUGGGGCACUUUUCCAAACCUGUGCAACAGACAUCCAGACCAUUGCAGGUGGUGUUACUUGGUAAAACAGGAGCAGGGAAGAGUGCAACGGGAAACACCAUCCUGGGACGAAACGCAUUUCCCUCAAGGAAAAGAUUAAAAUCAGUGACUGCUGAUAUUGAGAAACAAAAUGUCACCAUUGAAGGAAUAGAUCUUGUCGUGUAUGACACUCCAGGAUUCUGUAACCCCGAUCAAUCUGAAGAGCAAAUUCAGGAGAAAUUCCAGGAAGUCCUCAAGUUAACCUCAUCUGGUCCCCGUGUGUUUCUCCUGGUGGUGAAGAUAGACAGAUUAACAGAAGAAGAGAAGAGGGUCAUUAGUAAAAUAGAAGGUCUUCUAGGAGAGAGUCUUUUGAAGCAAACCUGGAUCCUGUUCACCAGAGGAGAUGAGUUGGAAGACCAGACUAUAGAAGAAUUCAUUGAGGAGUCAGAUGACCUCACAGAAGUGAUGAGAAAAUACAGUGGAAGAUACCAUGUGUUCAACAACAAGAGGGGUGAUCCUGAGCAGGUCAAAUCACUGCUGCAAAAGACAUCCAUCUAUCUCAAUUCAACACUUUCAAGGAGCUCCUCCAUCAGGAAUCGCCCAGAGAGAAGGAUUGUUCUGCUUGGAAAAACCGGUGUUGGGAAGAGUGCAUCAGGAAACACCAUCCUUGGUGGGACGAGUUUCCAUUCUGAACUGAACUGGUCCUCUGUAACACGUAAAACAGAAAGGAAACAGGCAGCAGUAGAUGGGAGGGAUGUCAGUGUGGUUGACACUCCAGGACUGUUUGACACACAGCUUCCUGUUGAAGAAUUAGCAAAGGAGAUUGGUAUGAGCAUCUAUGAGUCUAGCCCAGGGACUCAUGCCUUCCUCAUAGUUUUACGAGUGAAUGACAGGUUCACAGAGCAGGAGAAACAAGCUAUUGAAACUCUAGAGAGUGUGUUUGGGUCAGGACUGACAAAGCACUCCAUCAUCCUCUUCACCCAUGGCGAUGCUUUAGAGGGUAACGGUCUAGAGAAGCUGAUUGGUGGGAACAGAGACCUCAGUAGAUUGGUAGAGCAGUGUGGGGGGAGGUACCAUGUCCUCAACAAUAAAGCCAGAGGAAACAGAGUUCAGGUCACAAAGCUGAUGGAGAAGAUAGACAGAAUAGUGGAGGACAAUGGAGGAACCUGCUACACCAAUGAGAUGUUUGAGGAGGCAGACAGGAUUAAGAAAGAGGAGGAGGAGAGGAUCCAGAGGGAGAUAAGGGAGAGGUUCAAUAUGGAAAGGAGGGAGAUGAGGGAGGAGGAGGAGAGGAUGCAGAAGGAGAGAGAAUGUCAAGAGGAGAAAAAGCAACAAGUUCAGCAAGACACAGAGAUAAAUGAACAUACAAUUAGAAGAGAAGAAGAGGAAAACCAGGUAACAGGAACCGGGCAGCCAGAACAUGAGAAUGAUCCUACAAAUCAAACUUCAGCUCUUGCCUCAAGGUCAGUCACUCAGCAUCUGCCCCAGCCUACAGCCCAAGCCACAAACACAAAGUCAAAAUUCAACAUUUUUAUGGACAAAGUCAGUGCAAGGAUUUGUGAAGCACUGAUAGGUGCAGGGAUUGAAGCUGGCAUAGGAGCUGCCAUAGGAUAUGGCGUAGGAUGUGUUGUAGGAGGUGGCGUAGGAUGUGUUGUAGGAGGUGGCGUAGGAUGUGUUGUAGGAGGUGGCGUAGGAUGUGUUGUAGGUGGUGUUGUAGGUGUUGUAGGAGGUGGCGUAGGAUGUGUUGUAGGAGGUGGCGUAGGAUGUGUUGUAGGAGGUGGCGUAGGAUGUGUUGUAGGUGGUGUUGUAGGUGUUGUAGGUGGAUUAAUAGGCUUUGGAUUUGUUCGUUCAGUCGCAAUCUGACAGUCAGGAACUUGCUUCAGCUACUCCUACUGUAGAAUCAGGAGUGGUGGAACAAGGACCCAAUUGUCAUACUUGAGGAAAAGUAUAAAUACCUUAAUAGAAAAUGACUCAAGUAAAAGUGAAUUUUGAUGUUCAUUUGAUUGAUCUGUCAACUAACGUGAAUUCAAAGUGAAAUGAACAAAUAUUGUAACUAUGUCAUUGGAUAUAGGUUUCAAGGGCGAAAAAAAAGUUCAAUCCCUGAAAUUCCCUUACAUUGAUGACUUCUUGCAAAGCCAUCAAUGUAGGCUGGCUCUGGCUAACCCAUCGAUUUAUGGGACCAAUCAGAACGUGUUCGCAUUCUAGAAAUUGUCGGGGAGGGAGGCAAAUCCAGACUCAUUGUGGAGAAGAAACGUCAGUUGGCCAGAGUGAUGUAGAUGGGAAGACAGACAAAUGUUUUAUGAGGUUGCACCAAUUCAAAGUUGGCACGUGCACCAGAACAACAGAUAAAGACAGCAAAGUAAAGCCAGAGUGCCGGAGACAGACAAGUUGUGUGCUAUGUACACACAUGUAUGCUAUGUGAUGUUUGCCAAGUAGUGAAUGGUAGAAAUCAGGUGGGGAGUAUACUCAUGUUUAAAGUGUUAGUUCACAUAACAAAUAUUUAUCUGUUUUCUCACUAGAUCCAGAUCCGUUUUUUUAUUCUGGCUAUUUCAUUGCCUUCUCAGCCUCUCUAAUUUCCAUACAAGUUAAGCCUAAAAGCUUCAGUCCAGAUUUGUGUUUCAGCCAAAUGGGAGCCCCACUAGGCCUACAUGGUUAACUAUUAAGCUGGUGGAUGAGGCUGGAGAAAUGAAAUGAAUAGAUGGACCUAUUGUCAGGGGUGCACCUAGGGGUCAUGAUAGGGGCUGUACCAAAUGUUUGAUGUAUAAUAAUAACUGAUUAUGCUUAUGUGGAUUAAUAGAAGGGGAGGGGUUAUAAGACCCCUCCCUCCUUACAUUUAUAGGGUCCUAGACUACAGAUUAACAAUAUAUAUACACUAUGGGGUUUAAUAUUGUUCCACAGUACUUUUCUAGGCUCUCUGCCUCUUAUGAAGAAACUGUCUGAGCAAUGUGUGACUGUGAAGACAGAACUCUGCAGGUGAGUGUAAGAGGUAGGAGACUAGUCAGACAUUCCACUAUAAAUCAAUUUCAACAUUUACUGCUAAGCUUUUAGAUAACACUGAAACUGUUGUUUAUAUAGCUAUGAAGGCAUGGGUUUGGUCUCAUGAGUAGAAGGUAAUGACGUAGGCAGUGACAUCACUAAGAUAUAUGACUGUAGGCAUGAUAAAACAACAUGGACCCUUUUCUAUUUUGCAGAACUUACUCUGAAACAUGUGUGCUAUGUUCCUGUUGUCAACUUCUGUCUGCAAUUGCAUUAAUAAAGGUUUUUGAAUGAUUUAAUUAAA